AAUAGAAUUUAAGUAUUUAACUCUAUUUAUGAGUAGCUGCCUUGUUUACAGUCAGUUCUAAGUGAUUGAUUGCCUUGAUUUGAUUUUAAUCACUCUGUUGUAAACACCAAUUGUCGUCGUGCACAUUGCUUAUUUCGACAUUUGGGAAACUAGGCUUGCGUAGGUCACGUGUUGUUGCCUCCUGGGGUGAGCGCUUGAUGUGUUGUAUAAGCGAGAGGUAACCUUGACCACGACCGACAAAAAAGACGAAGCGCGUUAUAUCAUCUCGAUUGCUGUCCACGCUUGACGAAUUCGCUGAUUCAUCCAUCGUCGAGACAGCUGAGACAGGUCGUCUUCAGCUACUUCAAUACCAGCCUGUUAUGCUUGCCGCGAUUACAUUCUUUUGAGCGCGACAACCAAAACUUUGAGGCGCGACGGCGUGUCGCAAUUCUAGGAGGCAAUUUCAACGACUCCUGCAACCUUCCAGCUCCGUCUGAAAGCUCAUCAACCCAUUGACAGCAGUGACAAUGUCAGGCUUCGGUGGAUUCGGUGGCUUCGGCCAGCAAAACAAUGCCCAGCAGCAACAGAACACGGGCUUCGGCGGCUUUGGCCAAUCUACAAAUACAAAUACAGGAUUCGGUGCUUCCUCGACCGGAACUGGCUUUGGAAGCGCGCAGAACAAUACCGGGACGAGCGCCUUUGGUGGAAACACGGGGGGAUUUGGCGGUUCUGGAGGAUUUGGCGCUACACAGAACACCGGUUUUGGUGCUACCGCCAACAAACCCUUUGGAGCGACAGGAACCACAGGGAACAGUCUCUUCGGCGCAUCCACGACGACUCCAGCAGCAAACACGGGAUUUGGUGGAUUUGGUGCCAGCACUACUAGCAACACAAAUACUGGAUUCGGUGGUGGUGGUCUCUUCGGUGCCCCAAAGCCCGCAACAACUGGCUUUGGAGCUACACCAGCCGCCAGCCCCUUUGGCGCCAAUACCGGCACUGGCGGUGCAUUUGGUGGAGGAACCGGUGGAGGUUUCGGAGCUGCUGGUAGCGCUCUGGGCGGUGCGAGCCAAGAGUGCCAGGGAACUGCUUCUGUCCCCUUUCAACCCACUGUUGAAAAAGAGCCCAACGUCUCCGGAAAUCAACAAGUAAGGUUUGAAAAUAUAUGUUUCCAGCAACCAUACGUCAAGUUUUCCCAAGAAGAAUUGAGGCUGGCUGAUUACGCGCAAGGCCGCAGACACGCCAACUCCGGUGGGCAGGCGGGUGCUUUUGGCACGUCCACUGGUUUUGGCGGUUUCGGUGGCACUCAACAACCAGCUACGGGUUUUGGUGCCGGAAGCACCAACACUGGAGGUGGCCUAUUCGGGCAAACUAACACUGCAACGAACCCAUUUGGUCAGACAACCACGCCAAGCACAGGAUUUGGUGCCAGUACUACUACAGGAGGAGGCCUAUUCGGGCAACAGCCGAAGCCUGUCACCGGUGGGCUUUUUGGGGGUACCCAGUCUGGGUUUGGCUCUACGCCCUCUACUGGAUUCGGUGCUACGAAUACAGCUACGAACACAGGAUUUGGGGCGCAACCGGCAACGACGUCUGCACCUUCGCUCUUUGGCAGCACACCGAACAAGCCAUUGUUUGGAGCUCCUGCCGCAUCUACGACGCCAUUUGGCGGUGCAGCAACGACCGGGUUUGGAGCGACUCCCGCAUCAAACCCCUUUGGCCAGACACAGACCCCUGCACCAGCGAAUCCAUUUGGUGCGGCCCCUGCCCAGCCAGCCGCGUCGAACCCAUUUGGUGGCUUCGGAGGCGCUCAGCAACAAGCCGCAGCUCCUACCUCUCUCUUUGGUGGUGCACCCAAACCCGCGACCACAGGCACAAGCCUCUUCGGGGGUCAGCCAGCUGCCACGGGCAGUUCUUUGUUUGGACAGCCAGCUCAGCAAGCCGGUACAGGAUUCGGCGCAGCACCAGCUGCUGCAACCACCGGUGGCCUCUUCGGCGGCGCUAAGCCAGCCGCACCCGCCACCGGCGGUCUGUUUGGCCAACCUGCUGCAGCACCCGCAGCCGGCGGUGGUCUCUUCGGUGGAUUCGGUCAACAGCAACCUCAACAAGCCCAGAAUACGGGGAGCAGCCUUUUCGGGGGUGCCCAGCAAGCCAAGCCAUUAUUCGGCGCCGCUCAACCGGCUCAAAGCGGAGGUGGUCUUUUCGGCAACACCCAGCCAAGUACUGGAAGCUCGUUAUUCGGCAACCUUGGCCAACAGCAACAGCAGCAGCCACAGCAAGCUCAGCAAGGCGGUUCUCUCUUCGGAGGCAGCUCGUUAUUCGGCGGCCCGCAACAGGGCCAACAGCAGCAGCAGCAACAACAACAACAGGGACAGCUUACUACCAGUAUCAAUGAUCCUGCAGCAUUUGGCGCAGGUUCAAUGUUCUCAAAUCUCGCCACGCCAGACCUCACCAACCCAGGCCCGCUCGCAACGCCUCUCUCGAGUCUGUCGAAGCAGAAGAAAGCUGGGAUCAUCCCUCUGUACAAACUCAGCCCUUCUUCGGGAUCACGUCUUAGCACGCCCCAAAGGCGUGGUGGUUUUGGCUUCACAUAUAGCACGUAUGGAACGCCCAACAGCGCUUCUAGCGUAACUAGCACACCUGGAGGAUUCGGAAACUCGUUGCUUGGUGCUAGCCUUGGCCAGAACAAGCUCUCGAAGAGUAUGUCGACAAGCAGCCUCAGGAACUCCUACAACACGUCGUUCAACCAAGACAGCAUUCUAACCCCAGGAGCUUUCUCUGCUAGUCCGAGUGCUAGAUUCAACAGCACUGGCAGCAUGAAGAGACUGGUUAUCGAUAGAAGCAUCCGUGCGGACUUUUUCAGCCCCCCAAGCAAAGAGCCCAAGGAGCAGCAAAACGGAAUCCUCAAGAAGCGUGUGAGCUUCGAGUCGUCUAAUGGCAACGGAAACAACGGUCGCCCCUCAUCCAGCACAUCAAGCCCGCUGAAGCAGGUUCAUACCAAUGUCGGACCAACUCCGUCCGCCGAGGAGAUGGGAUUCCUACGCUCCUCUCGAAGCACGAAUGGUGCUGGCCCGAGGACAAAUGGAACGUCCAACGAGCCAGAAAUGGAGCAGGUUAAAGGAAAGGAGUUGGCCAUCGUCCCAGAGGAGGGUAGUCCAUCUACCGGCGAGAAGCCCUUCCCCCUAGCAAUCCAGCCUGAUCAGGUACCAGGAGAGUAUUGGAUGAUGCCAUCGAGACCAGAGAUCGAAGCCAUGAACCGAACUCAGCGUCAAAGGAUCAGUAACUUCAAAGUUGGUCGACGGGGAGUCGCCACUGUGAACUUCGAUGCUCCUGUUGACCUGUCAAACGUUGAUCUCGACAAGAUUUUCGGCACGAUUGUUGACCUCCAAAUUCGCGCCGCUACUGUUUACCCUCCCGGGUACCCCAAUAAGCCGCCGAUGGGUCAGGGCAUGAAUGUUCCCUCGAUCAUCCAGAUGGAGAAUUCUUGGCCAAGGCUCGACAAGCGCAAAAUGUCGCCUGAGCAUAUUAAGGCCCAAAUGGACAGACAUUUGAAGCGCCUCACAAGAGUUCCAGAUACUGAGUUCUUGAGUUACGAUAAAUCUAUUGGUGUAUGGACAUUCAAAGUUCCUCACUUUACGACAUAUGGUCUGGAUUAUGAUGACGACGAUUCCGAGGUUGGCGAUGAGACUCAAGACGACUUUGGCCAGAGCACACUCAGCGCUGCGCCAGACACGCCAACCCCACAAACCAGAACGCCAAGGGCCGUUCAACACGAUCAGUCUUUUGAAUCGACAUUCGAUGAGAGCGUAAUUACGGAGUCAGACCCCGAGGAUACCUUUGACUUCAAGAAGCGCAAGGUUUUCCCAGGCGCUUUUGAUGCAUCUGAAGUCGUUGAAGAUGAUGAUGAGAUGGAGGACGAUCAUGAUAUCCAGGACAACCAGUCUUUUUUAGAUGAGCGCUCCGUGGGUUCAUUGUCAAGCGACGACGUCGGGGAGCCUAUGGACCACGACGAGAGUUACCAAGACAAUGAAUUGGUUAGGAUUGUGAGUAACGAGAUGGCGGGCUCUUACCCUCAACCUGACGCUACCGCGGAGCCUGAGAGUGACUACGCACAGGAGAGUUUUGAGGAGGAUGUAGGUGAAGCUCCAGGAGGCCUUAUGCGAGCACGACUACGUGAGUCGCGUGCUGCUGGGUCACCACUCAAGCGCAAAUUGGAGCUGAACGGCGACAACUGGAUGGACAUGCUCGAGCAGACAAUUAGCCCUCAGAAGCAGGACCGGGAACAUCUGAAGCAGAUUCGAGACAUGGAAACGGAUGCUCUUCUCUUUGGAUCCCCUCAGAAGACACUUGUUUCGCCAGUUAAGAGCCGUGUGGUAUCUGAUGGCCGUGGCUUCGCAACUAGCAUCGACCUCAUGCAUUCACUGUUUGGUGAACCAAAAAGUCCGGCAAAGCCAGCAAAGACAGCGAAGGUAGCACAGAUACCAGCGCGAGGAACUGGGUUUGAGUGGCCAUACAAGAAGAAGUCCAAGUCUAGUCCGAAUGAGGAUGAUAUGGAUGAGAUCGACCAACAAUUUCACAAUUCAGUCAAGCCAAGCUGGGGUCCCACUGGAACCCUUGUUUAUGCGGCAUCUGCAGUCGACAACCAAGCCACCAACGCCAUUGAGAUGCAUGGCCUUCUUUCGCAAACGACUGUUCUUACCGGUGAAGAUAAGGAUAUUCGAUUUGCCAAGUUUUCAGAUGAGUCGACACCGAACUCUCUCUCAAUCCAAAAGAAAUUGGCUCAAGUGGAUCAAGCCGGAGGCAUUCCACAAGCCAGACUCUCUCUGCCAUUUAAAUUUAGUGAUUUCGUUCGCGACCGAGACUCGCGCCACCCAGCAGCUAUUCAUGAAAACCUUGUUUGGGAGCUUGCAAGCAUUCUGUUUGACGAGAUCGAGAUCCCAGACGACCUCAAGGGAUUCCCGGCAGCAUUCAAGUUCUUGCGCAAGGAUAACCUUUCCGCAUUCUGGGAGAAGGUUGUUGAACAGGCCUCCACAAGACAGAUCACAAUGGCGAAAUCGUCUGAAGAAAAGGCGAUUGCUGCUCUUAGUGGGCAUCGAAUUCCCGACGCUUGCACCCAUCUGUUAACUGGCAAAGAUUACCAUCUCGCUACCCUGGUAGCUCUACUUGAUGGCAAUGAAUCUGUGCGCAAGAACAUCCGGGAGCAGCUGAACGAGUGGAACAAAGCUAGAGUGCUCUCAGAGAUCAACCAACCUCUCCGAGCUAUUUACGAGAUCCUGGCUGGUAAUGUUUGUGUUUGUGAUGGCAUUAAAGGAGCGCCUAUCGAAGACCGCAUUGACUCUUUCAUCAUGUCUAAGCGAUUUGGAUUGGAUUGGAGACAAGCAUUUGGCCUCAGACUCUGGUAUGCCAUCUCGGGUACAGAGGAACUUGAGCAUGCCGUAUUGAAGUUCGCUGAAGAUCUUCAGCAAGACAAGGAGUCUUCUAAGCCAUUCGCGUGGUAUGUGGAGCAAAACAUCUCGCCGCUUUGGGACGAUCAACACCUAGAAGAUCGUGAGGACCUCCUCUGGGGGUUGCUUAAGCUGUACUCCGACAAUAAGACAGACCUCCAAGCUGUUCUGCGCCCUGAAAACUCGCAAUUGUCGCCAUUGAACAUGCGAUUUUCUUGGCAGCUUAGCCAGGCACUCACAGCGUCUGGCAAGUGCUCAUACGGUGAACAGGCCGACGAAAAGGCUGAUGAGCUUACUUUGUCAUUCGCAGCUCAGCUUACGAAUAACGGCCAUUGGCUCGACGCUGUGUUUGUGCUCCUCCACUUGUCGUCGCCGGCUGCUCGUACGAAGAGCGUCCAGGAUCACCUCGCUCACCACGCCGGCCGCAUCGGGGCAGAAGAUGGGCCAGCUUUCACUACCCUUAUCGACCAGUUCAAGAUCCCAUCUUCGUGGAUCUGGGACGCAAAGGCACUCUACAUGCGCGCCGUCCUCAAGGACCCAAAACGCGAGGUAGAAUGCCUCAUCCGUGCCGGUGCAUUCGACGAAGCGCACCGCACUUUCUACAAGGUCGUUGCGCCAACCGCAGUCAUCGAGCAGGAUGAUGCAACACUGCGCAAACUACUAAGCGGCUUUCAACAGAGGGAAGGUGGUAUUCGCGACUGGAACCUUGGCGGUGCAACGUAUGCAGACUACUUAACCUUGUUGGAUGGAGAGAAGCAAGGCGAGCAUGACGGGCAAGCCGUGGAGAGGCUGUUGGGCAGUCUUCCGGCUAUGCUAUCGGAUGUGAAGAGUGUGGGUUUCCUGGAGAAGGUGGCGGUUCAGGAGAUCGGGGCGUGUGUUGCGAGGGUGGUGGUUCAGCUUGGGAAGAAUGGGAAGGGGCAUGAUCAGAGCAGAGUCCUUAGACUGCCUCUUACGGAAGACAAGUACUUGAAGCACACGGCUGACUUGAGCGUGGAGUACUACCGUGGCGUCCUCGCAGGAGGUCGCUGAGACUGGCCGAAUAAUGGGGUAGAUUGGGAAUAUGGAAUAUUGGGAGGAGGAUAAAGAUGCAUGGGCAUAUGUAAAGGGAUGAAUGAAUGGAAGGGAAAAAAUAAUCAGGGAGAACCGGGGAUUAUAAAGAGCAUCGUUGCGUUAUUCGACCAGGUAGCAUUUGCUCCAGGCACUGACUCGACUGGGGCAGCUGCGAAGAGCACGCAUUGUUUGUAUGUAGUAUAGUCUAGAUAGGAAUCAUCGCAUCUGCAUCUGAUGAUGUAUGAGAAAUCAGCAUUUCAGAGCGGUACAACUAAACCCA